AUGCCGCAAGUCCCAAUCAUGCAUGUUGAAGUUUUUGAUGUGUGGGGGAUUAAGUUUAUAGGACCCUUCCCAAAGUCAAAGAACUAUAAAUACAUCCUGGUAGCAGUGGACUACGUGUCAAAGUGGGUCGAAGCCAAAGCAACUGCAAGAAAUGAUGCUCACACCGUGGCCGAAUUUUUGAAGGAACAAGUGUUCGAGAGAUUUGGUGUACCCAAGAUCCUAAUCAGUGAUCAAGGAUCUCACUUUUGUAAUGCCACCAUCAGAGCACUGAACAAAAAGGCGGGGGUGACACACAAGGUUACUACAACAUAUCACCCCCAAGCAAAUGGCCAAGCUGAGAUUUCUAAUAGAGAGAUAAAGAGCAUUUUGGAAAAGGUGGUGCACCCAAACCGCAAGGACUGGAGUAAUCUGUUGGGAGAUGCGUUAUGGGCAUACCGAACUGCUUUUAAAACACCAAUAGGUGAGAUUGAACAUAAGGCGUACUGGGCAAUCAAGCAAAUAAACCUCAGUAUGAGCCUAGCUGGAGAAGCACGGAAGCUACAAAUGAGUGAGUUAGAAGAGCUUCGGUUAGAAGCUUACGAAAAUGCUGUGCUCUAUAAGGAGCGAACCAGGAGAAUCCAUGAUGCCAAAAUCAGGAAGAAAGAAUUUUGGACAGGACAAAAAGUCUUACUUUUCAAUUCUCGUUUCAAAAUGAUGGCCGGAAAGCUUUGUUCAAAAUGGUCAGGACUGUUUGUGAUCAAAGAAAUCUUUUCAAAUGGAAGCACAGAGGUGUAUGAUCACAACGGAGUUGAUAUAUUCGUGGUGAAUGGGCAUCGCUUGAAGCCCUACCAUGAACUCGCUGAAGUAGAAAAAGAGAAGGAGAAAUGCCACCUUCUCGACCCUGUGUACGAAUAA